AUGAUACCAAUGGUUACAAUACAAACUUGUGACCUGAAUCUUUAUACAGUGACUGAGACUUCUGUAUACAGUCUGCCCAACUUAAUGAAUAGUAUGUGGCCAAAAGUGGGAAUUGCAAUGAUCAAAAUAUUUGGUACUUUUCGUUCUACUGACAGAUCUUGUUUCGUAAAACCUAUAAAAAUAGAUGACCCAACACUCUCAGGACAAGAACGUGAAGGUGGUGUCUUCAUUGCCAUUAAACGCCACAUUCAUGCUGAUUUAAUACCCAUUGAUGAUUGUAACCUGGAACUCGUCUUCGUUAAAAUUAAAGCAACGUUGAAGCCAGCAUUGAUAAAGCUCUACCAUUCGUUCCAGAGGAUAAAUAUCAUCCUGCUUUUACUGUGUACCUUGAAUUUCAACCUAACCUAA